AACCACCGAGCCUUGGCUGGAGUACAAAUGACAUGAACUCAGCCUCUCUAAACAACUCAUCCUCCUCGUCCUCGUCAUCACCCAUGGCUUGCGACGGAUCGAUCACUGGCGGAAACGCCAGUGCCAGCGGCAACGGCAACGGUGUUGGUAUUGGUAACGGAGGAGGCCGGCCAUCAUCGCACAAGCCUAGUAUGCAUGGAUCACAUUCUUCUGUUUCAUCCCUUGACAGCUUCACUACCCAGCCUUAUCGCCGAAUCCAGGACAGUUUUGGUGCAACCCCUUCGCCAGUACACUAUCCAUUUGUGGACCAGGGCUCGGUGUCUCCACUCACACCCAUCUAUAGCACAAUUCCCGUACAUCAGCAGCAACAAAACACCGCCAAUAUUACUACCAAUACUGCCAUGCAUCCACCAAAGAAGAACAUUUCUCAGAUCAUGACUCCAAUCAGUAACGGUGCCUUUGAGUGGGACUCAACAUUCUAAGAAGAAAGUGAGAGACCGAGAAAGGGGGUGGUGGAGCAAUAUAUACAUAUAAAACAGCUUACAUUUCACCCACCUAUACAUAUAAGAAAUAUUCCUUUAGUUUCUUCUUUUUCAAAAAAAAAAACACUCUCACGCUACACACUCACUAUUCACUCAUUCGCUCGCUCCCUCACACUCACAUUCACACUCACACCCACACUCACGCUUGCACAUUCACACAUACAUAUAUAUAUAUAUAUUCAUACAUACAUUC